AGUGAUUUGAGUUGCGGCGUCAUUGCUAACACAGCUCUCAAAUUCUAUAGUUAGUUAACCACCUAACAGUAUACCUAUCACAAUCCCUCGAUCUCAGCUCUCGAGAUGGACUAUAAAUUUGUAUUGCUUUUUGUUCAAAUGGCUGCAGUCACUAAAGCACACAUGUUUAGAAUAACAAACAACUGCCCGUUUACUGUAUGGCCCGGCAUACAAGGCAACCCGGGGCACGAACAUCUCGAAAAUGGCGGAUUUUCGUUGGGCCCUUACAGGACUCAUUUAGUUAUCUCGUCUCGAAAUUGGACGGGCAGGAUUUGGGGCAGGACCAAUUGCAACAGUAAAGGAAAAUGCGAGACGGGCGAUUGCGGGAACAAGAUUCAAUGCAAAGGGGCCAUGGGCAUGCCACCCCUAUCAAUGGCUGAGUUAGAGUUCUCCAAAAUCAACGAAGUGGACUUCUACCAUGUGUCGUUGGUGGAUGGCUUCAACCUGCCGAUCAGAAUUAGGCCUGACCCAUUUUCGCCGUCCAUCAUAAACGACACCAACUGCCAGCCAGCUGACUGUGUGGCCAACCUGAACAGCAGGUGUCCGGCCAAACUGGCCCUGAAGGCGACCAGUGGCUCCAGCGUCGUGGGGUGCAAGAGCGCCUGUACGCUGUUCAACACGAAGUCUGAAUGCUGCCAGGGUGUCUACACCACCCCUCGGACUUGCAAGAGAAGCUCGUGGCCCAAAAACUAUCCGGCAUACUUCAAGUCAGCCUGUCCGUACGCCUACAGUUACCCAUUCGACGACACGUCCAGCACUCAUAAGUGUCAAGGCAACGCGUUGACAAAGUACCACGUCUUAUUUUGCCCUUAAGCCACUUGUUGUGUAGCUAUAUGUUUGUAUAGGUUCAGGGUAGGCUAUUGAACACAAUUUGUAUAUAUUAUUAUAUCUAUAUGUUAUAUAAAAAUAAAUAUAAUGUAUUGUAUAAAAAUGAAACUAAAGGUAAAAAUAGUACAAUACUAUUUUCAAAAGGCAACUUAUUUCCAUUUAUACUUAAUAUGAUGCUCAAAAAUUUAAAUCAUUCAAUGAUUCCUUUAGAAAAUUUAAAACUCAAUUAUCAUAAUAUUUUUUUUAGUUGUUAUUAUUUAUUUUGUAAGAAGACCUGCUAUGCAUAAAUCUUACAAUAACCAUUGUACAUCAAGUCAUUAUAGCUAAGAGGAGAUUAUGGUUAUACUUGAACGACAUGCUGUCUUCGUAUUCCUAAAGCAUAAUGAAUCAAAUUAUUCGUUUAGAAUAGGUAACUCAUUUUACUCAAUCAUUUUUAAUAUUAGAGUGAAUAUUUUUCAAAUUUUUUUUAAUCAAAUUAAUUAUCAAAUGUGAGAGUAAGAAUAUAGGGUCCCACAUAGGUUUUUUUUUUUAUUUUAAUUUUAACCAUAGUCAUGAGCAUUUUGAAACCGAAAAUGUUUUGUAAAUUUUAAACAUGUUUUUUUUUUUAAAUAUUAAGCAAAAUAGUUUAUUUUUUGUGGAACAGCUUUUAUCAACGACAUAAUUUUCACGUGCUCUACUCAAGGACAGUGUUGAUAAUAAGAUACAUAAAUUUAUCUAGAAUCUAGAUAAAUAAUUAAUUACCUUUUAUCUUAUCUAGAUAAAUUCAAAAAUGUUUAUAUCAUGUGCAAUUUUAAAUCAAUAAUAGCUUCAUCUUAACUAAAUCAUUUAGAUAACAAAAUGUCAAAUAUAAUAAUUUCUAAAAUAUAAGGAAUAAAUAAGAGAUGAAAACAUGAGGGUGAAGUUAUCCGCCCAACAUUGUCUUACAAAAUACAAAUGCGCGUAUUAGAUUAUUGAGAUUUGUAUGAAUUUCCAAAAGAGUUAACAUGAGUAAAUCGUAAAAAAUAUUAUUUUUAUGUUUUAUGACUUAAUGUCAGGCAAGGAUAUCUGAUAUGCACGGUGCACCAGUGUAGUCGAGCACAUGCCAAUACGCCAUACAUAUACACAAUAUGUACAAUUAAUGAUAUUGCAUAAUGUACAAUAUAAUUAAUAUAUACAUUUUGAUAGCCAGUAUAUGCCUAUGUGGGACAGUUCUGAAGUCACUGUCUAGUAUAUUAUAAAAAUAUAAAAUAUACUUAGUAAUAUUUUUGGGACCCGUGUAUUACAAAUGGAUCUUUGAACAUUGAACGAGUCCAACGCAAAUUUUUAAAGAAUUAAAGUUUCAUAUUAGGCAUUCAAUGUACCCCAAACGAUUACUCUCUAGUCUCUAAGAUUCUGGAUCUUCAAUCACUAGCUGACCGCAGGUGGAUGUUAAGUAAAACUUUCCUAAGAGGUCUUUUAUCUAAUGUUGAUUCUCCUACUCGUUUGUCCCUUAUAACCUUCAGAGUUCCUCAAUUUCCAACCCGAGCACCUGUGUCCUUCUAUAUUCCCCAAUACAAAAGUAAUUAGGUACAUGAAAAAUGAACCGUUAAGACGCAUAAUGUUCAAAGCCAAUGAGGAUCCCUUCUUUUCAAUCUAAUUACCCCUAUUUUUACUACCCUUAAAUCUUUCCUUCUUUUUUGUUCUGUUUUUAACCGUUAUUAUUGUUAUUAUUAUUCGUAUUAUGUAUAUUUCUUACUCUUUUCCUAGAAUUUAAAUGUAUUAUCUAUUGUAUUCAAAGAGCAUCUAAGAGUUAAUUAUUGUUAGUAAAUAAAUAAAUAAAUAAAUUUAGGAUGGCAGACUGUAUUUGAUCAGAAUCGUUAGGAUUUUUUUUCUCUAAACACUAAUCUAGUAUAUUAUAUAAUACAAUAAUAUUAUAAAUAAUAAUAUAGUGGCUUCACCCGUUAUUAACGUAUGACUUAAUAACGUAUUGUAAAUUCGUAAAUAACAAUUAACUUGGUGAACAGUUUCAAGCACUUACGAAUACUGUUUUAUUACUUAAAACAAAAUAACUAAAAUUGAUACUUCUUAGCUGGGGCGGUUUUUAUAUUAUAAUAUAGUAUAUUAUACCUACCAUAACUACUUGAUUCGUUCAAUAAUAUAAUAUUACACAAUAUUUAGUACUUACCACGGUAUUUUACUUUAUUAUUUACCCACUGUAUUAUUGAUACACUGGUUUAGACACUCAAUACAUUUUCUUGAUUAUAUACCACGAUGAUGAGUGAUAACAGAGAGGUAUAUACUCACUACUCCGAUGUACUCAAAUUGCCUAUUCAGAACGCCGAACGAUCAGUAUUCUAUUGAGAAAAAAGAUCGAAAUAUUUUAAUGAAAGCAUGACGAAGAGUGAACAAGAAAAUAGAAAAUAAUUUUAAUACAUUUAAAAUAUACGCCACGUUUCCGAUUCGGCUUAAAAUGUUUGAUGUUUUAUUCACAUUACUUUUUUUUUACUUUACGGUCUUUACGCAUAUGUAACGAUCUUUUAAUACAGAAAUUCUUGGGUUAGUGGACAUAGUUUAUAGUUAUUAUAUGUGUUAUUACCAGACGUCUGUUAUUCGGAAUUUGAUAUUGUCAUAUUAUAUUAUAACAGUAAGAAGUAUUUCUAAAAUGUGGGAGGAUAAUGAAAUAUAUUUCACACACUUCGACGUUCACCAACUAAGCUACAUGAAGGACGUAGGACAUAGAGCAUAGUUUUUAAUAUGCUAAUGAAUUCACGUCUAUUCAUGUCUAUGAAACUCAAUAGUUAUGUUUAUCUGCAUGUAUUAUCUUAAAGCAUUUUGUAAUUAUGUUAUUUAUAUGUGUCACCGUAAACCUAUCUGAUAGUAUAUACAUAAUCUAUAAUAUAUAUCUGUACAUUAUACUCUUGUAAACAAAGACUAGUACCUGUAAAAGUAAAUAAUAACAAAACAAUUUUUUUUUUUUUUAAACAUGGUUUAAUACAAAUACUAUUACGAUCAAUUGAGUUGUAUUAUUUUUAUAUAUUUGUGUGAAUUAAACUUAAGUUAUUUAACAAUUUAACCUGUGUGAGUAUAAUUAAUAUAUUAUACUGGCAACAGUGUAAAAUAGCUUACGUUUCACAAUGGUUGUAAAAUUAUAUAGCUACGCGGAAAAAUGUUUAUAAGAUUCUGGUGUCAAUAAAACUAAAUAUCUACAGUUCUAAUAAAUGCUCAUAAUUUGUUUCAAAACUAAAAUAUAAAAAAACCUAAGUAGGGCCCUAGAUAAUAUUCAUACUUUUACAUUUAAUAAUAGACCAAUUUGCUAGAAUAUUCACAAGUUAAAACAAUAUUAACAAUUGGAUUUUUUUAAAUUUCUUUUAAAUUUAAGAUAUUCAGGAUUGUGCUGUGUAUAUAAAUUAAAAAAGGUGGACAAGUGGAGACCCAAAAAAACUACAUCAUUGUUAAGUCAAUACAUUUAUCACUCCGCUCAGAAUCUAAAAAGGAGUAAAAUGGAUUAUUUACAAUUUCCUUCUUGGUACUGCGUUAGCAAGACGGAUACAUCACAUGCGGGUAUAAGUGCAGC